GAGCCACCAUGUAUUUUUUCAACACUAAUUCAUCUGGACGAAUUCUCAAUCGAUUUUCAAAAGACAUGGGUGCAAUUGACGAAAUGUUACCUGUUGCUUUAAUGGAUUGUAUACAAAUUGGAUUAACACUGUUGGGAAUCAUUAUCGUUGUUGGACUGGUUAAUGUAUAUCUUAUGAUACCAACAUUUAUAGUUGGGAUAGUCUUUUAUAAAAUUCGAGUUUUCUAUUUGUCGACUUCUCGAAGUGUUAAACGAUUGGAAGGAGUUACUCGAAGUCCUGUAUUUGCACAUUUAAAUGCAUCUUUACAAGGAUCUACCAGGACUGGUGCUGGAAAGUCGCCUCUGAUAGGAGCAUUGUUAGAUUAA